AUGUUUAGUUCAAAUCCAGGAUUUGCCAAUUAUUCUCUCUCUCUCUCUCUCUCUCUCUCUCUCUCUCUCUCUCUCUCUCUCUAUUCUUUGUUUGUUUGUUUCUUUCUUUCUUUCAUCAUAUUCGUGAUUUAUUUCUUUACUUUUCCAACCAUGUCUACUUUAUUCUUUUCACCGUAUUUCGGAAUUCUUAAUAGAAUAGCCUGUCAUUUGCUUUCUUUCUUUCUUUCUUUCUUUCUUUCUUUCUUUCAUCAUAUUCGUGAUUUAUUUCUUUUUCUUUUCCAACCACCACCCAGUCAUUUGCUUGCUUGCUUUCUUUCUUUCUUUCUUUCUUUCUUUCUUUCUUUCUUUCAUCAUAUUCGUGAUUUAUUUCUUUUACUUUUCCAACCACGUCCACUUUAUUCUUUUCAUCGUAUUUCGGAAUUCUUAAUACAGCACCCAGUCAUUUGCUUGCUUGCUUUCUUUCUUUCUUUCUUUCUUUCUUUCUUUCUUUCUUUUUUUCUUUCUUUCAUCAUAUUCGUGAUUUAUUUCUUUACUUUUCCAACCAUGUCCACUUUAUUCUUUUCACCAUAUUUCGGAAUUCUUAAUACAACAGCCAGUCAUUUGCUUUCUUUCUUUCUUUCUUUCUUUCUUUAUUUAUUUAUUUAUUUAUUUAUUUAUUUUCUUCUUUCUUUCUUUCAUCAUAUUCGUGAUUUAUUUCUUUUACUUUUCCAACCAUGUCCACUUUAUUCUUUUCAUCGUAUUUCGGAAUACUUAAUAGAAAAGCUAGUCAUUUACUUUCUUUCUUUUCUUUCUUUCUUUCUUUCUUUCUUUCUUUCUUUCUUUUUUUUCUUUCUUUUUUUCAUCAUAUUCCACCCAGUCAUUUGCUUGCUUUCUUUCUUUCUUUCUUUCUUUCUUUCUUUCUUUCUUUCUUUCUUUCUUUCUUUUUUUUUCUUUCUUUCAUCAUAUUCCACCCAGUCAUUUGCUUGCUUUCUUUCUUUCUUUCUUUUCUUUCUUUCUUUCUUUCUUUCUUUCUUUCUUUCUUUCAUCAUAUUCGUGAUUUAUUUCUUUACUUUUCCAACCAUUUCGUUCUUUCUCUGUCUUCCUUCUUUGUUCUUUCUUCCUUUUUUCUUCCUUUUUCUUUUUUCGUUUUUCUUUCUUUUUUCUUUCUUCCUUCCAUUUUUCUUUCUUCCUUUUUUCUUCCUUUUUUCUUUUUUCGUUUUUCUUUCUUUUUUCUUUUUUCCUUCCAUUUUUCUUUCUUCCUUUUUUCUUUCCUCCUUCUUUUCCUUUUUAUUUCUUCCUUUUUCUUUCUUUUUUCUUUUUUCGUUUUUCUUUCUUUUUUCUUUCUUCCUUCCAUUUUUCUUUCUCCCUUUUUUCUUCCUUUUUUCUUUUUUCGUUUUUCUUUCUUUUUUCUUUCUUCCUUCCAUUUUUUCUUUCUUCCUUUUUUCUUUUUUUUUUCUUUUUUCGUUUUCUUUCUUUUUCUUUCUUCCUUCCAUUUUUUCUUUCUUCCUUUUUCUUCCUUUUUUUUUUUUUUCGUUUUUCUUUCUUUUUUCUUUCUUCCUUCCAUUUUUUCUUUCUUCCUUUUUCUUCCUUUUUUUUUUUCGUUUUUCUUUCUUUUUCUUUCUUCCUUCCAUUUUUUCUUUCUUUUUUUUUUUCUUCCUUUUUUUUUUUUCGUUUUUCUUUCUUUUUCUUUCUUCCUUCCAUUUUUCUUUCUUCAUUUUUUUUCUUCCUUUUUUUUUUUUCGUUUUUUCUUUUUUUCUUUUCUUUCUUCCUUCCAUUUUCUUUCUUCCUUUUUCUUCCUUUUUCCUUUUCGUUUUUCUUUUUUUUUUCUUUCUUCCUUCCAUUUUUCUUUCUUCCUUUUUUUUUUUCCAUUUUUCUUUUUCGUUUUCUUUCUUUUUCUUUCUUCCUUCCAUUUUUUCUUUCUUCCUUUUUCUUUCCUCCUUCUUUUCCUUUUUAUUUCUUCCUUUUUCUUUCUUUUUCUUUCUUUCCAUUUUACUUUCUUCCUUUUUUCUUCCUUUUUUUCUUCCUUUUUUUUCUAUUUUCGUUUUUCUUUUUUUUUCUUUCUUUCUUCCAUUUUAUUUCUUCCUUUUUCUUUCUUUUUCUUCCUUUUUCUUUUUUCGUUUUUCUUUUUUUUUCUUUCUUCCUUCCAUUUUCUUUCUCCUUUUUCUUCCUUUUUUUUCUUUUUUCGUUUUCUUUCUUUUUCUUUCUUCCUUCCAUUUUUCUUUCUUCCUUUUUUCUUCCUUUUUUCUUUUUUCGUUUUUCUUUCUUUUUUCUUUCUUUCUUCCAUUUUUAUUUCUUCCUUUUUUCUUCUUUUUUUCUUCCUUUUUUCUUUUUUCGUUUUUCUUUCUUUUUUCUUUCUUCCUUCCAUUUUUCUUUCUCCCUUUUUUCUUCCUUUUUUCUUUUUUCGUUUUUCUUUCUUUUUUCUUUCUUCCUUCCAUUUUUCUUUCUUCCUUUUUUCUUCCUUUUUUCUUUUUUCGUUUUUCUUUCUUUUUUCUUUCUUCCUUCCAUUUUUCUUUCUUCCUUUUUUCUUCCUUUUUUCUUUUUUCGUUUUUUUUCUUUUUUUCUUUCUUCCUUCCAUUUUCUUUCUUCCUUUUUUUUCCUUUUUCCUUUUUCGUUUUUCUUUUUUUUUUUUUUUCUUCCUUCCAUUUUUUCUUUUUCCUUUUUUUUCUUUUUUUUUUUUUUUUCGUUUUUCUUUCUUUUUUUCUUUCUUCCUUCCAUUUUUUCUUUUCUUCCUUUUUCUUUCCUCCUUCUUUUCCUUUUUAUUUCUUCCUUUUUCUUUCUUUUUUAUUCCUUUCUUUCUUCCUUUGUCUUUCUUUGUUCCUAUUUCUUUCCUCUUACGUUACUUCUUGA